UCCUCUCUCUACAACAUUACUUACAAUACAUUUAUCUUAUUCACUCUCAAGAAUGAAAGGAGAAGUUAUGUGGCCAAGAUUGGUAGCAAGUAAAGUUCUAAAAAGAUUGGGAAGCACAAAUUUUGUGGCAGAUUUUCCAAGUGAUAAUUCAGAAGAUUUAUUAAAUAAUAUUCCUCAUCAUUUUGAUAAAAGAUCAUUAAGUUCUGAUGACAUUAUUUACAGAAAUAAUCUUCAAGAAACUCAAAACUACAGGGUUUUCGUAAAUACAUGGAACGUUGGAGGAAUCGUACCAACCGAUGACUUCAACGUGGAUGAUCUACUUGACACGUGUCACACCUCCUGCGAUAUUUAUGUUUUCGGGUUUCAAGAAGUAGUGCCACUAAGAGCAGCAAAUGUUCUUGGAUCAGAAAGUGGAAGAAUUUCAACAAAGUGGAAUACUUUAAUAAGAAAAGCUUUGAACAAGAAAGGAAAGGAAAAUAAUAAUACAAAUUAUGAUGAAAUUUAUGGAAAUAAUAGGAAAUUAUUUCCACAAGAAUAUAGUUGUAUUAUUAGUAAACAAAUGGUGGGAAUAUUAAUUUCAGUUUGGGUUAGAAAUGAUUUUCGUUCAUUUAUUAAAAAUCCAAGUGUUUCUUGUGUUGGUUGUGGUAUCAUGGGUUGCUUAGGGAACAAGGGUGCAAUAUCAGUUAGAUUUCAAUUACAUCAAACAAGUUUAUGUUUUGUGUGUAGCCAUUUAGCUUCUGGAGGUAAAGAUAAAGAUGAGAAAAAUAGAAAUUCAAAUGUUGGUGAAAUAUUUUCAAGAACAAUUUUUCCAAAAGGACCUUCAUCACUUCAAUUGCCAAGAAAGAUUCUUGAUCAUGAUCGUGUGAUAUUGCUUGGGGAUUUGAAUUAUAGAAUUUCUUUACCAGAAUCAACUACAAGAUUAUUAGUGGAAAAAGGAGAAUGGAAUGCACUCUUGGAAAAUGAUCAGUUAAGGAUGGAGCUCAUGGAUGGACAAGUAUUUGAAGGUUGGCAAGAAGGAAUAAUCAAAUUUGCACCUACAUACAAAUAUAUUCCAAAUUCAAGUGAUUAUUAUGGUAGAUCACAAGUUAAAAAAGGAGAAAAAAAACGUUCUCCUGCAUGGUGUGAUAGGAUAAUUUGGUAUGGUGAAGGGUUAAAGCAACAAGUAUAUGAUAGAGGUGAAUCAAAAUUAUCAGAUCAUAGACCAGUGAAGGCAAUUUUCAACACACAAGUAAGAGUUUCAAGAAAGUUGAAGAGAUUACAAAGUUUCUUUUUAUCAGAAAGAUUUGAUCAAAUCACAAGCCACUUAGAGAUACAUUCACCAAAAGAUGAUCAUGAUUUCCAUAUGUAAUUAUAUUGUUGUUGAUUAAGACCCAAUGUAUAAUAUUAUGUGAUCUUGGUACUUUUGUAUUAGAGAUGUAUAAUGGUCAAAAACACAUCUGAACUAUCACUUUUUCACGAGUUUUAUGUUUCAACUAUCAGUUGUUUUGUUUUUCUGUUUUUCUGCCUGAACUGUCGUCAUCUAUGUAUUAAAAUAGACCUAGUAGAGUGUAUGGUGACAGUUCGGAUAGGAAAAGAGAACAACUGAUUGAUAGCUGGCUUUAUCAGCUUCGAGGCGUAUUUUGAUACAUAGAUAGUAAUAGUUCAGAUGGAAAAAAGAAGUCGUUGAUGUUAUAUGAAACUCACGAAAAAAACAAUAGUUCAGAUGUGUAUUUAAUCA